AUGGACGAGUACCGGACGCCGCGCCGGUUGCCGGCGGGCGAGCGGUUCAUCGGCAUGUUCUCGUCGCCGUCGACGCCAUCGUCGUCCCCGACCGAGCCCUCGUUCGUCGCCGGGGACGAGCUCCACGAGGACGACUUCCUCUUCUCGUCGUCUGACGCCGCGCCGCCGCAGCCCGACGGGGCCCGGAGCCCGGGCCGGGGAGCGCCGCCGGGGCACCUCGGCCUCCUCGCCGCGCUGGCGCUGCACGAGGGGGACAGGAGGCUCCUGGUCCGCGGCGGCCACGGCGGGGGAGUGGCCGCCGCGGCGGCCGCGGCCAGCGCGGGGACGCUGCUCCGGCGCAAGGCGACCAUCGCGGCGGCCACCGCAUCCGCCUCGGCCUCGGUGGCGUCGGGGAGCGGGGGCGCGCUGUCGCCCACCCAGUCCCCGUCCCCGACCUCCUCCGCGCGGGCCAUCCCGGCGACCGCGAGGCCCAAGAAUGCCGGGCCCGCCCCGGCGUUCCACCAGUCGGCGCCCGUGAAGGUGCCCGUGCGUCCGCCCCGGAAGCCAGCUAUGGGCCCGUGGGACGAAUUCGAUGACGACGACGACGACUACAGGCGCAGCGACGCCGCGAUGCUGCCCCCGCAUGAGAUGGUCACCCGCGCGUCCGCUGGUGGGGCUGGGCCCGCCGCUCCGUUCUCCAUGCUCGAGGGCGCCGGGCGCACGCUCAAAGGCCGAGACCUGCGGCGGGUGCGCGACGCCGUGCUCAGGCAAACCGGGUUCCUCGACUGA